AUUUCUUUUUAAUCCUCUCUAUUUAUGCGUAAUCCUCUCUAUUUAUGCCCCCACCACUCCACUGUCUAACCCACUCGAUUUUAUUUUUACCUGAAAAUGUUCCCUUUGUUCUGAUGCCAAUAAAAAUGUGAGAGUUUAGGGACGUCCAAAAGGUCCCCAUUUUUCAGUUUACUUGUCUUUCAUUUUUAAAUUGUAAAACCCUAGCUCUCAUUCAUUUGUCAUUAGUCAUUUCUUAAUUUUGAUUGAUUUAAAGUCUAUAGAUUAAACGCACCAGCAUACGUUAAGAAAUUGGGCGAUUUUUUGCUCUAACUCAUAACCCAGAAUCCAGCCCUUCUGAACACCGUAAAGUUUACAUCUUUAAGAUUUGGGGUUUUGGAUUUGAGCUUCUGGGUUUUGUGGGUUUUGGUUAUUUCGUGCAAAUUUAAUGAAAGAAUGACUCUGUUACCUACGAUUGAUUCCAUUCACAUUAGGGAGGUUUGGAAUGACAAUCUGGAAGAAGAGUUUGCACUUAUCAGAGACAUUGUGGAUGAUUAUCCCUAUAUAGCUAUGGAUACAGAGUUCCCUGGAGUUGUUCUUAAGCCUUUGGGGAAUUUCAAAAACUUCACUGAUUUUCAUUUCAAUACCUUGAAGGCUAAUGUGGACCUUCUCAAGCUGAUUCAACUGGGCCUCACAUUUGCUGAUGAAAAAGGCAACCUCCCUACUUGUGGAACUGAUAAAUGCUGUAUCUGGCAAUUCACUUUUCGCGAGUUUGAUCCCGACGAAGAUAUGUAUGCCCAUGACUCGAUAGAGCUCUUGAGGCGAAGUGGGUUUGAUUUCAAGAAGAAUGCUGAUAAGGGUGUUGAUGCAUACCGGUUCAGUGAGCUUCUGAUGUCAUCUGGGAUUGUGCUGAAUGAUAGAGUGACCUGGGUUGCCUUUCAUUGUGGCUACGAUUUCGGUUACCUUCUGAAACUUCUAACUUGUCGAAUCCUGCCUGAUACCCAAGAAGAGUUCUUUCAUUUGAUCAAAACAUUUUUCCCAACCAUUUAUGAUAUCAAGCAUAUGAUGAGGUUCUGUAACAGCCUCCAUGGCGGGUUAGACAAGCUUGCGGAGCUGUUGGAAGUUGAACGAAUUGGGAUCUGCCAUCAGGCCGGUUCAGAUAGUUUGCUUACUUGUUGUACAUUUCUGAAGUUGAAAGAUGUCUUCUUUCCUGGGGCAAUUGAGAAGUAUGCUGGUGUUUUGUAUGGCCUUGGUGUUGAGAAUGGACAGAUUGGUCCUUAAAAAAUCAUGAAAAACUAAAUAAAAAAGUUAUUUCUUGGAUACUUUGUGUGCCUAUUGUUUCCUUUGCUUACUUUCCUACUUUGAUUUUCUUUCUGGCUCUGUCAUUUUUCUCUGUGAAUGCCUUAAAGUGCUUCAACGUUUAGUUUUCUCAAUUCAUUUCUUCCUGGUUCUUAUGUUUUUCUCCUCUUAAUGCUAUAAAUAACUACAAGAUUUAGUUCUUUUGUGUUGGAAUGGUGCCAUUAUGAUAUUAAGAUGAAUCCCUCUUAAUUUUGUUAUUUUUGUCUGGCGGUUCACUGUUGAUUGGGUAGUGUUGUGUGUGUGGAUAUAUAUGUACUAUUUUGUUGAAAUUUAAGUUUGGGAAGCAAUGAUCGAAGAGGACAUAAUUUUCCUCAGAUUCUUUGUCAUUUUGGUUUUUGUGGAUUACAAUCAUGAUUGGGGCUGUAUUAAACUUUUAGUAGUCUGUUUUCAAGUUUCUAAAGCAUGGAAUAACUUCUUUCUUUUUCAGCCUGUUGUUACUUUGUGUGCUUACAUCUCCGAAUUCUAUUUUCUGAUCAGUGCUUCCCCAGUAAGCUGUUUUAGGUAAGAAUUAACAGGAUUUUCUACCAUCUCUUUGGAUUUUAGGAUGUACUGUAACUAAUUUUACAUGCUGAGAAAGAUUUUUAUUUUUACUUGAUAAAGCAAUGAGACAAAGGGAGAAAAAUGAAUAUGAUGGUCGUAAGCCUGCCGAGAAGUUGAAAUUUGCCAGGAGGUCAACAGAAAUAAAGACAAUAGAGUAUUAGCAGCUCUGGAGAGUCUGGUGUUCGUUCUUUUUUUUGUUGUGUGUAAUUUUGCCUAUGGUUUGUGAGGGUAUGGAGGGUUUUUCUUCCCUCAAGUUGUGUGCCAAAACUUGGGAAUGUUAACUGACUUGUACAGUUCAUAGUGAGAUUCCGAGCUCAUAUAUAUCAUUUCCAGUUGAGGAAAAUUUUGUUAUCCUCUUUAGAAAUGCAGAAGUUUCAUUAAGGACCGGUAUUUCUGCUUGUUGAUGUAUAGUUUGCUCGGUAGUGGUGCUUACCUUCAUCUUAUUAUGGAACUUUAUUUGACUUGACUUGGACCUAUGUAUAUUAUAUAGUCCUGCCAAAUGUGCCCCAAAAGAAUUUAUUGGUUUAACUGCAUUCUGCUUGGUUUAUGGAUCUAGUUUUAAACCGUGGUGCACUUAAAUCUGGCUUUAAAGUGUCCUAGAUACAUACUUUGACUGAGAAUUGAGGACUCGAAGCAAUGCAUUUCCUAUCCUGGCUCUUAAGAGUUAAGGUUUGAUUUUCUUUCGUUAGUGCUGUUUCUAAUUAUUCCAUCUGCUUCUGAAUUUUUGGAGAAUCUUUGGCAUCUUGAUUUUUGAUACUGUGGAGAGCUUUCUGAAUUGGUUAUGUCUGUCAAGAUGUUGGUCUUUUUUUGGUAUCUGGGUAUUUGGUAUAGUAUUUUGUUCUGUUGCAGGACAAAAAGUGGUGUUUCUGGUUCAUGGUAAAUAGGAAUCCACUAUAGGAUAAGCUGUCUGUGUCUUAGUUUCUGACAUUUGCUUGAAAAGACAGGGCUUAUGAAUUGAUCUGGCAUUGAAUAGAAAGUUGGUUUUUUUUUUGCUUUUGUUUUUGUUUGUUGUUUUCUUUGUUGGUGUUUUUUUCUUUGUAUAUUCUUAGAUGACCUAUGGGAUCUACAUUGUUGAUGUGCCCGUAGGACUUAGGAGUUAAUGGAGUAUGAAUCAACCCAUGUAUGGCCUUUGAUCAAACACCAGGUUUGUCCUCAAUGGCUUGGAAGCAUUUUGGCCUUAGUAUUCUUGCUUUACCCAAAUUUGUAAGUACAGUUUUCUCGAAGGAAAUACAAGUUUAGUAAGUACCUUUACCUGAUAAACAUUGUUUAGCUUUACGAAACAUAGUUCACUAUCAUAUUUGAAAAGUAGAAGUUGGUGUAAUUUUUAUUAACAGUAGUAUGAAGGAAGCAAGAGCACUUCUUAUUGAGAUAGAAACUAAACUUAUAGCAGAAGUGCAAAAAUAACUGGUUUAUUGGUUUUAUUGUGAGGCUGAAACUAUAAAACAAGUUUGAAAAGGAAUUCACUUUCACUUUUAUGGAGAUAAUUUGGCGGGAGCAGGAUGACUUUCAG